CCGCUCAGCUGUUACGUAGCAUGUUUGUUACGUCGUAAUUUUUGUGCAAAACUGCGCUUUUUCUUUCGUGGUUUACAAAACAAAAAAAUAACAUAAAUAAUGUCUGUGCCUUUUAGUGGCGCAUUGCGCCGGUCGGGCGGCAUUGUCUCAGCUAUUGGCAAGCAGCUGAAGAGCGUGAAUUUAAAGGGCGUCAAACGGAUAACCGUGCAGUUCGAUCCAUUUGCGGAAAACGUCAAGUCCACACGAGAAUUCCUCUUCCUGCUCUCUAUACCCAAGGUGGCACUAACGAAUCCCAAGUGUGUGGUAAAGCCGGAAAUCGUGUGCGAUCGACAGCCCGCCAACAUAAAGUUUUCGCUGAUUGAAUCAGCACAAGAACAAGCCCAAGUCAAGGAGAUUCGCUUUAAUAGCGGCAACCUCAACACCCUAGAGCUACUGCAGCUGUGCAACAAACACGUGUCCAGCUUGGCACCACCAGAGGAGAUCACCAACAAGGUUCUAACCAAGGCGGAGAAACAGAAACUUGGAGGAGGAGCCGGCGGAAAAAAGGCAACCAAGAAGAAGUAA